AUGGCCUCGGCCACCUCGGUGACCAGCCUGGAAGAGGAGGUCAACUGCCCCAUCUGCCAAGGCUCCCUGAGGGAGCCGGUCACCAUCGACUGUGGCCACAACUUCUGCCGCAGCUGCCUCACCCGUUACUGCGAGACCCUGGGCCCGGCCCCCGAGGGGCCCCCCACCUGCCCCCUCUGCAAGGAGCCUUUCUGCCUGGGGAGCUUCCGGCCCAACUGGCAGCUGGCCAGUGUGGUGGAGAACAUCCAGCGCCUCAGGUCGGACGCAGAGGCGGACGUCUGCCAGGAGCACGGGGAGAAGGUCUACUUCUUCUGCGAGGAAGACGAGGUGCAGAUGUGCGUGGUGUGCCGGGAGGCCAGAGAGCAUCGCACCCACACUGUGCGCUUCCUGGAGGAGGCAGCAGGGCCCUACAGGGAACAGAUACAGAAGUGUCUUGAGUGUCUAAGAAAAGAGAGAGACAAGAUUCAAGAAAUGCAGUCAAGAGAAAAUCAAAGGAUACAAGUCCUCCUGACUCAGGUGGCCACCAAGAGACAGAGAGUGACGUCCGAGUUUGCGCACCUGCGCCAGUUCCUGGAGGAGCAGCACAGCCUGCUCUUGGCGCACCUGGAGCGGCUGGACGGGGACAUCCUGAGGCAGCGGGACGAGUUUGAGGUCCUGGUGGCUGGGGAGCUGUGCCGCUUUAGCACCCUGAUCACGGAGCUGGAGGCGAAGAGGGAGAGGCCGGCCCGGGAGCUCCUGACGAACAUCAGAAGCACUCUUCUAAGAUGUGAAGCCAGAAGGUGCCGGAAACCAGAGGCUGUGUCCCCCGAGCUGGGCCAGAGGAUUCGGGACUUCCCCCAGCAGGCCCUCCCGCUGCAAAGGGAGAUGAAGACAUUCCUGGAAAAAUUCUGCUGUGAGUUGGACUAUGAACCUGCUCACAUCUCUCUAGAUCCCCAGACUUCCCACCCCAAGCUCCUUUUGUCUGAGGACCACCAGCGGGCUCGGUUCUCCUACAAAUGGCAGAACUCGCCAGACAACCCCCAACGUUUUGACCGGGCCACCUGUGUCCUGGCCCAUGGUGGCUUCACAGGGGGAAGACACACCUGGGUGGUGAGUGUAGACUUGGCCCACGGGGGCAGCUGCACCCUGGGUGUGGUCAGCGAAGACGUGCGGAGGAAGGGAGAGCUUCUGCUGCGGCCAGAGAACGGGGUGUGGGCCAUGAGGUUGGCCUGGGGCUUCGUCUCAGCCCUGGGCUCCUUCCCCACACGUCUAGCCCUGAAGGAGCAGCCCCGACAGGUGCGGGUGUCUCUUGACUAUGAGGUGGGCUGGGUGACCUUCGCCAAUGCUGUCACACAGGAGCCCAUCCACACCUUCACUGCCUCCUUCACCCAGAAGGUGCUCCCCUUCUUUGGGCUCUGGGGCCGGGGGUCCAGUUUCUCCCUCAGCUCCUGA